AUGCAACUCCUCAGAUACUUUCCACGCGCUCGACUGACCGGCCUAGCUGAAUUGAAUCGACCCACUUUCACGUCCACCACCAACACAAAGCACUAUUCGUCCACACCGAACGACAAGAUGGCAGACUCGCAGUCACAUGAAGAGGAGAAGAAAGGGACACCUCUGGGCCUGCCUGAACCGCCUGCCGACGGGAUUAAGCUGGACGUUAGCUCUGGUGAAGGCGUAGCUCUGGACCACCUUGGACCCAUGGUCGUCAACAAGGAUGGCACAAUUUCGAGAAUCACAAACUGGGACAACAUGGCAGAGAUUGAAAAGAAGAACACUUUGAGGAUACUACAGAAGAGGAACAAACAACGCCUGGAGGCUCUCAAGCAGGCCGGCGAAGAUGAAAGCAAGUGA